GUGAAUGACGUGAACAGCGAAGUGAAGGCUGAAUAGAUAGACAACGUGUUGCUGUCGGAGCAAUACUGGUCCCCAAAUCACUCGCUAUUCACUUGUUUUCCAGUUUUGUUCAAAGUUUAUGUAAUUCUCGUUUCAUAUUUCACACCAGAAUCUCAUAUAAAUAGUUUGCUUGUAGCUUUCAAUCAUUUAAUUGAUUUUCAUUAUACAGUACUCAUUAAUAAGUUAACCAAACAGUUAGCCAUAAUGUCCAGCAAGCCUAAAGUGAUCAACUUCUCACCCGGACCAGCUAAGCUGCCACACGAGAUCCUUAAGAAAGCUCAAGAAGAACUCAUUCAUUAUGAAAACACUGAGAUGAGCCACAGAUCAGCUGAAUUUGAAGCGAUUGUCAAAAAUGUACAAAAAUUAUUGACAGAAUUGAUGAGAAUUCCAGACAAUUACAGUAUACUAUUAAUGCACGGCUCAGGCACCGGACAGUUCGCUUCUCUUCCCUUGAAUCUAAUCUCCGGUCUAAAGGACGGCUCACUCGUUAACUACUUAGUGACGGGCGCCUGGAGUGACAAAUCGGCCAAAGAGGCCCAAAAGUAUACGACUGUCAAUACAGUGACCCCUAAACUGAAGGAAUACUUCGAGAUUCCCAAUAAAAGUGAGUGGAAACUGGACUCAAACGCCAAAUACUUCUUCUACACCGACAACGAGACCAUUCAUGGCAUAGAAUUCCCAUACAUUCCCGAAUCGUUGCCAAACGUGCCGUUAGUGUGCGAUAUGACCUCCAACUUCCUCACCCGACCCAUCGAUAUCAAGAAGUACGGGGCAGUGGUUGCGGGCACACAGAAGAACUGCGGAAUCGCCGGUUUGGCUAUCGUUUGCCAAACGUGCCUGUGCGAUAUGACCUCCAACUUCCUCACCCGACCCAUCGAUAUCAAGAAGUACGGGGCAGUGGUUGCGGGCACACAGAAGAACUGCGGAAUCGCCGGUUUGGCUAUCGUCGUGGUCCGCAAGGAUCUCAUCGGAAAGGCUAUGGAUGUCUGUCCAUCGAUUCUCAACUACAAGAUUAUGGACGACAAUAACUCUCUGUACAACACACCACCCGUUUAUCCUAUAUAUAUGUGUGGACUGUAUCUGCAAUGGAUUAAAGACAACGGAGGUCUGGAGGCUAUGUCCCGACGCAGUGACGAGAGAUGCAAAUUGAUAUACGACACCAUCGAUCAGUCCAACGGCUUCUACUACUCGCCCAUUAAGCCUAACUCUCGGAGUCGCGUAAACAUCCCGUUCCGAGUGGGCGGUCAGACCGGGAACGCCGACCUCGAGGCGCGGUUCGUGGCCGAGUCCAAGGCUAAGGGCAUGAUUCAACUGAAGGGUCACCGAUCGGUCGGUGGCAUCAGAGCCUCGCUCUUCAACGCCAUGACUGUGGAGGAGACGAAGGUUUUGAGACAAUUCAUGAUUGACUUCCAGAAAGCCAACCAAAAGUGAUUGAAAACUUCUAUUUAAUCACUAUUUUCUCAUUUUUAUUAUUAGAAGUUUUUGUUUUAUAUAUUUUGUUAGAAUUUCUCUUUUGAGACGUUUUAUACAUUUCUCUGAAAACAUUAAUCCAUAGAAAAAAUAAAAAUUCAAUUCAUAUACAGUAAUUAAAAGACAAUUUCAAAUUUAUCCUAGAUCCUUC